GGGAGAGAGGGAGGGAGAGAGAGAGAGGGAGAGAGAGAGAGGGAGAGAAACGUGCUGUCCGCCUCUCCAUCCAGCAGCACCUGUGUAACCGGAGAACGAGCCUCUUCCAGCCGAACAUCUUCUGUUUUUUUCCGCUACGGCUCGGCUCGGCUCGGCUCGGCUCUCCUGCCGGAGCGGCUGCUUGGUCCCCUCUGUCCGCGGGAAACACUCUUGUCGCAGCGGGCUGCUCACUGCGGGAUCAGUUCGGGGAGCGGAAGACUCCGGCGGGGAGCCCCGGAGGGGAGCAUGCCUGCGGCGGAUCUGUGUCCGCUCCGUGUCCGGGUCUGGAGCGCGGGAUUACCCUGAUGCCCGCUGGACUUGUUGCUGCUGGAGGAAAUACUACCAACACCGCGCGGAGAGAAUUCACCGAGAAACGGGAUUAAAUGAGAGAAGCGGAGCUUGUGGAGAGUUGUUUCCGCCUGUGAGCGUUUGUUUGCUGCUUUUACGCGUCCAGACCAGCAGAAACCGAGUCCUGGUUUACCGACCACAUGUGGAUUUGUUGGUUUUUACGCUGAUUUCUGAACGUUUUUUCUGUGCGUAAAAUCCUCCUUUUUCCUGGAUUGGUUCCAUCUGUUGCCUGGCUCUCCGUCUUCCCUCUCCAGAUGCCCCCUCGCUGCUCCGUCGCUCCGUGAACCCCCCGUCUAACGAGCCUCCGUAGAGCUUCAGGACCAGCAUGGCAGCAGGUGUGGCGGCGUGGCUGCCGUUCGCCCGCGCGGCGGCCAUCGGGUGGAUGCCGGUGGCCGGCGCGCCCAUGCCGGUGCCCCCGAAGAGCAAGCCCCGCGGGAAGGACGGGCUGAUCAUGCUGAAUGUGAGCGGCACAAAGUUUCAGACCUGGCGGGACACUCUGGACCGGUACCCGGACACCCUGCUGGGCAGCACGGAGCUGGACUUCUUCUUCCAAGAGGAGACCAACGAGUACUUCUUCGACCGCGACCCGGACAUCUUCCGCCACAUCCUCAACUUCUACCGCACCGGGAAGCUGCACUACCCGCGGCAGGAGUGCAUCUCCGCGUACGACGAGGAGCUCGCGUUCUUCGGCAUCAUCCCGGAGAUCAUCGGGGACUGCUGCUAUGAGGAGUACAAGGACCGGCGGCGGGAGAACCAGGAGCGGAUCCAGGACGACGAGGAUAUUGACCACAGCAACGACCUGGUCCCGGCGGACCUGAGCUUCCGGGAGACCAUGUGGCGCGCCUUUGAGAACCCGCACACCUCCACCAUGGCGCUGGUGUUCUACUACGUCACCGGCUUCUUCAUCGCGGUGUCGGUGCUCGCCAACGUGGUGGAGACGGUCCCGUGCGGUGCCUCGCCGCACCGCCUCAAGGACGAGCCGUGCGGCGAGCGGUACGCGCUGGCUUUCUUCUGCCUGGACACCGCGUGCGUCAUGAUCUUCACGGUGGAGUACCUGCUGCGCCUGCUCGCCGCGCCGAGCCGCUACAAGUUCGUGAAGAGCGUCAUGAGCGUCAUCGACGUGGUGGCCAUCAUGCCCUACUACAUCGGCCUCGUCAUGACGGACAACGAGGACGUGAGCGGGGCCUUCGUCACCCUGCGCGUCUUCAGGGUGUUUCGGAUUUUCAAAUUCUCGCGGCACUCUGCGGGACUUCGCAUCCUGGGCUACACGCUGAAGAGCUGCGCGUCGGAGCUCGGCUUCCUGCUCUUCUCCCUCACCAUGGCCAUCAUCAUCUUCGCCACCGUCAUGUUCUACGCUGAGAAGGGCUCCACGGCCAGCAAGUUCACCAGCAUCCCGGCGGCCUUCUGGUACACCAUCGUCACCAUGACAACGCUGGGGUA